AUGCCUCCAGGCGGCGGUGGUAAUAUUAAGGUGGUGGUGAGAGUGAGACCUUUUAACAGUCGAGAAAUCGACCGAGGCGCAAAAUGUAUCGUGCAGAUGAAAGGGAACCAGACUGUCCUCAGCACACCUCCGGGUGCCGAAGAGAAGCUUCGCAAAGGUGGCGCUAAGGGUGCUGUGGACGGUCCCAAGAUAUUUGCCUUUGAUAGGUCAUAUUGGUCAUUCGACAAAAACUCCCAAAACUACGCCGGGCAGGACAAUUUGUUCGAUGAUCUCGGAACACCGCUCCUUGAAAACGCAUUCGAAGGCUACAACAAUUGUAUUUUUGCGUAUGGCCAGACAGGUUCCGGAAAGUCCUAUUCUAUGAUGGGCUACGGCAAGGAGCAUGGUAUCAUACCGAAUAUUUGUCAGGACAUGUUCAACCGGAUCGGUACAAUACAGCAGGACAAGCAUCUGACCUGUACCGUGGAAGUCUCUUACUUGGAAAUUUACAACGAGCGCGUUCGCGACUUGCUCAACCCCGCAAAUAAGGGCCACCUCAAAGUUCGAGAACAUCCUUCAACCGGUCCUUAUGUGGAGGAUCUCUCCAAGCUGGUUGUACGCUCAUUCCCAGAAAUUGAAAAUUUAAUGGACGAAGGAAACAAGGCUAGGACGGUAGCCGCAACAAACAUGAACGAAACCUCAAGUCGAUCGCACGCAGUCUUCACACUCACCCUAACGCAAAAGCGCCACGAUGCGGAAACGAGUAUGGACACGGAAAAGGUUGCCAAAAUUAGUCUGGUCGAUUUGGCAGGUUCUGAAAGAGCAACAUCUACAGGAGCCACAGGCGCUCGGCUCAAAGAAGGAGCGGAAAUCAAUCGCUCUCUUUCGACGCUGGGUCGUGUCAUUGCAUCCUUGGCCGACCUUUCAUCCGGAAAAGGAAAAAAGGGAUCAAUGGUUCCUUACCGUGAUUCAAUUCUUACUUGGCUUCUGAAAGACUCGCUAGGUGGUAACUCGAUGACGGCAAUGAUAGCAGCAAUUUCGCCUGCAGACAUUAACUUUGAGGAAACUCUCGGUACACUCAGAUACGCUGACUCGGCCAAGCGCAUCAAGAAUCAUGCAGUGGUCAAUGAGGAUCCAAAUGCUCGUAUGAUACGAGAAUUGAAAGAAGAACUGGCCCAAUUGAGGAGCAAACUUGGUGGUGGUGCAGGCGCAGCCGCCGGAGGCGCUACGAUGGAAGAGACGUAUCCUCCUGAUACACCCUUGGAGAAACAGAUGGUGUCUAUUGCACAGCCCGAUGGUUCAAUCAAGAAGGUUAGCAAAGCUGAAAUUGUCGAGCAACUUGAUCAGAGUGAGAAGCUAUACAAGGAUCUCAACCAAACUUGGGAGGAGAAAUUAGCAAAAACAGAAGAAAUUCAAAAAGAGCGCGAGGCUGCUCUGGAAGAACUAGGAAUCAGUAUCGAAAAGGGGUUUGUCGGUCUCAGCACGCCCAAGAAGAUGCCUCACUUGGUCAAUCUUAGCGACGAUCCCCUGUUGACAGAAUGUCUCGUGUAUAAUAUCAAACCAGGCCAAACCAGAGUUGGAAACGUCGACCUGGAUCACACCGCGGAGAUACGUCUCAACGGCUCAAAAAUCCAACAACAGCAUUGUAUUUUUGAGAAUGUUGACAAUGUAGUCACCCUGAUUCCCAGCGAAGGGGCAGCGAUUAUGGUUAACGGUACGCGGGUUGAGAAACCAACGCGCCUGCGAAGUGCUUGUCGGAUCAUUCUUGGCGACUUUCAUAUUUUCAGAUUCAAUCAUCCAGAAGAGGCUCGUGCAGAAAGAGUAGAACAAAGCCUUUUGCGCCAUUCCAUCACCACAAGCCAAUUGGGCUCACCAGCUCCCAACAGGACACAUGAUCGCACUAUGAGCAAGGCUGGUUCGGAAAUUGACGACUCAAGCAGAGCCGAUUCGCCCGUCCCUCACCGAAGCGGGAGAGACUCGGAUUGGUUCUAUGCCCGCAGAGAAGCCGCCAGUGCGAUCCUUGGCCCUGAUCAGAAGAUCUCUGACCUCAACGAUGACGAGUUAAACACACUUUUCGAUGAUAUCCAGAAAGCCCGCGCUGUUCGUCGGGGAUUGCUGGAGAAUGAGGAGGAUUCGGAUUCACUUAGCUCGUUUCCCGUUCGAGAUAAAUACAUGUCUAAUGGAACUAUUGAUAAUUUUUCUCUUGACACUGCAAUCACCAUGCCUGGUACCCCUGGGCAUGCUGAUGGAGAAGAGGGCGAUUCGACACUGCAGGCAGCACGAGAUGAUAUGCAGCGUCAAUUAGACAAACAGAAAGGCGAGUUUCAAGAAAAACUCAAGGCAGAUGCAUCUCAUGCAGAUGGUGAAGAACUUCGCCAACAGAAGACUCACAUGGAAGAAGCUUUACACACUGCCAAGGCACAAUUCGAGCAACAGCUUAAGAAACAGAAAGAGCAGUAUGAAACGCAUAUCAAAGAGAUGGGUCACCCCAUCCCAAAGAUCGAUGAGAAUGGCUUUUCUCAACUUGAGCCGCAGGAAAUUGAGGUCGCCAAGUCUGUUGUUAGUCACUGGUCCAAACGGAAUUACGUGCGCAUGGCCGAAUCCAUUCUACAGCACGCUUCGUUGCUGAAGGAAGCUCAAGUAAUGAGCCAAAUUAUGGACAAAAAUGUGGUCUUUCAGUUUGCUAUCAUUGACCAUGGCCAUAGUAUGGUAUCCUCCUAUGAUUUGGUCCUUAACGGUAUCUCUGGAGAGGACGACGAUGCAUUAGAUGAAUCAAAGAAGCCUUGUGUCGGAGUUCGGGUCAUCGAUUUCAAGCAUUCUGUGGUUAAUAUCUGGUCCGUUGAAAAGCUUCAAAAACGAGUGCAGUCUAUGCGUCAAAUUCAUCAAUACAUUGACCGCCCAGACUAUAUUCAACAUUUUAGGCUCGAGAACCCCUUUUCGGAAACAUGUCCGACACAAUAUUCGUUGGUUGGCGAUGCAGACGUCCCUUUGACUGCAGUUUUCGAGACUCGAGUUCAAGACUUUUCUCUCGAGGUGCUAUCCCCUUACACUCAAAGCGUGAUUGGUAUUAUACGACUAUCGCUUGAGCCGUCAUCCGCCCAAGCACCUUCUUCUACGCUCAAAUUUAACGUUGUGAUGCGAGAUAUGGCUGGGUUUGCUGAGCGUGAAGGUACUGAGGUGCACGCACAGCUCUUUGUACCCGGGGUGUCUGAAGAAGGUGGUGCAACGACAACCCAAAUGAUCAGUGGCUUUGAUGAGACUCCUGUUCGAUUUGAGAGUGUUCAUAGCAUGAGCCUACCGUUAUCGAGCCCGCGGACUGCGUCAUUGAAAGUGUGCAUAUAUGCCAAGGUCACAUCUAUGCAUCUUGACAAGCUACUCAGUUGGGAUGACAUGCGUGACUCUUCUGAGAAACCACCACCUUCGAAAAGGAAAGCACCACGUAUCGCUGAAACUGAAUUCUACGCUGAAGAGCGGCAUGACGUUUUUGCGCGUAUCGAAAUUCUCGAACUUGCUGAAAGUGGUGAUUAUCUCCCGGUGGAAGUUAUACAAAGCAAUAGCAUGGAUGCGGGCACGUACCAGCUACAUCAAGGCCUACAACGCCGAGUUGCUAUUCACUUGACACACAGCUCUACGGAAAAUUUCCCAUGGGAAGACGUCAACAAUUUACGGGUUGGGUCAGUUCGCUUACUCGAUCCGUGGGGCAAGAUACCUGACCAAGACUUCAAAACACCGGAUGUCCCCCUUCGGCUAAUACAAGAGCCCAUGAUCAAAGACAAUGCUGAUGGGACAUCCAAUAUAACUAUCAUUGGACAAUGGGACUCGAGUCUUCAUGGCUCGCUGUUGCUGGAUCGUACCACCUCUGAUAAAUACCGGGUUCAGGUUUCCCUACGCUGGGACUUGGUGUCGUCCCGUGUACACGAUCCUAUUACUUUUGAACUUGGGCAAACUCUAGUGAUCCUCGGACGCACCUAUGUUCGUCAACAGUCACUCCUCAAGCAACUUUGGAGCCAAACACGAGUGGUGCAUUCCACUGUUGGUAUAUUCUCAGUCGCCAUCCGCCCAGUAUCAGCAAAACGCGCUGCGGACCUUUGGAGGAUGAACACUCAAAACGAUUAUGUGAAAGGCGAGGAAUUAUUGACUAGCUGGUCUCCUCGCAAAGUAUCACUCGUUCGAGAUUUUAUAGCAUCACGCAGGAGACGACAACGCGCCGCUGAAUUGGAGGCUGCUAGGGGCGCCCUGGGAGCCGACAACCUGUUACCAUCGCCCUGGAAAGGGAGUGGCCGGUCAACGCCAAUGCGCAAUCAGGAACUAUCUGAGCGACAAAACAAGCUCGUCCAAAAAUACAUCAGUCUCUGGUCUACGCGGAAAGACCCUACAGAGGCCAUUCUUGUCAAGACGAAUACAGACCAACCGAUGAAUGGGACUGCCCCAAGCAAAGCCUCGUCUACAUUGGACUCUGACAGCGGUUCGGAACACGGCUCAUCGCCACGCUAUGUGGCGAGCGUACAAACCCUAACAAAGAAUGCCACCGUUGCAAAGUCAAGCUAUCUCAUAAUGCCAGAUGACAGCAGUACGCAAUGGACACGGCGGUUUGUUGAGCUUCGUGGAUCCUACCUGCAUAUUUACUCUGUUCCUGACGGGGACGAGAUAAACAUGAUCAAUUUGCGCCACGCACGAGUAGACCAUGACCCGGACAUUGCAAGGCUCUUUGACGGGCCUGGGGCAGGACCAGACGGGCCCUCCUCUCGUGGACGUCCAAAUAUCUUUGCAGUGUACGGGCCACAAAACACAUUUCUUUUUGCAGCGCGAACCGAGGCGCAAAAGGUUGAGUGGAUUUUGAAGAUUGACCAGAGCUAUUUCAGCAAUAACGCUCCUAACAAUGGUCGCUAA